AUGGAUAAUGAGAUCAAUAAUUAAGAUUAAUAAUAACAAUAAUUUCUAGUUGACGAAAGUGUAAAACCAUAGAAUUUAUUUACUAAUCAUCUUAUCUCAUCUAAUAGAAGGAGUUACACAAAUUUUUCUCAAUCUCAACUCAUUCAGUCAAAUCUCCCUUAAUUAUUAGAAAAAGUGUUAAUACAUAUUUUAUCUGAAUAACUAAUAGAAAUGGGUACAUUCGUAGUUGUUGACAAUUGUGAUUUAGAAUUGUUUUGUUCAUAACUAUCUGUCUAACCACUUAAAGAUUUUAUUUAAAAUUAGGAUAGCUCCAAGUUACAUCCUUAAUAAUUGUAGCAUUAUCAAAAUUAUGAAAAGGAUUUAGAAACAAUUAAGAUAUAGAUUGACCCAAGGAAAUUAAGAAUGUUGAUUGUUUAAUGUAAUAAACUUGUUGUAACAUACAAAUCUAUCCAAUUAUUGAUUAACAAAUUUAAAGUACAGAUGUAUGCUAAUUCUAUUGAUGGUGAAUUGAGUAGGCUACAAUGUCAUCAUCUACUUGAAAAAAUAGAAUAAGAACUUUCUCAAAUAUAGAAAUAUCACGAUGUAGUUAAAUAAAAAUUAGCAGAGAAAAACGAAAUUGCUUAAUUUUUAAAUUAUCCCAUAAAAGAUGUGUAUAAAUAAGAAAUCAAACGAUAAUUUUGUUUAAUAUUCAUCCAAAAAGAUUAAUAGACAUUCCCUUAAAAAUAGAGAACUGAAAUCUAGCCUACUUUAACAAUCCAUAAAAAACUUCCUAGUUAUCGAUAAUCUACAAUUAGUUUGUUAAGACCUGGCAAACAUACUCAAUCUAUUUCAAAUGACAAUAGAAUUAGUGAAGAAAUCUCAAUAAAAAGCAGAAUUACUUAACAUUUUUAUUCAAUUGAAAAAAAAAUCAAUGAUACAAUGUCUUAGAAAUAAUUAUCCUUCUUAUAAAAAUAUAAAACUAAAUUUUCCAAUACUACUUAUGACUCAUUCACCAUGAAAUUAAUCGAAAAUAUUUACUUAUCAAUUUAGACCAAUUUUCUAAUUAAUAAUAUAGAUGAAGUAUUUGAGAAUUACAACGAUCAAAUUAAUCUUUAGCAAUUAUAAACAAUUAUGAAAUUACUCAAAACUUAAACUUGUAUUAACAUAUUUGAGAAAAUAAUAAACUCUAAAUCGAUUUAGCUUAAUGAAGAGUUGUGCAGUAAAGAUCUAAAAGCCAAAUGUAAAUAAGAUCUAAAGAUAAUCUCGGAUAUUUUUACAUAAGAAUAACUUAUAAGACUACAUCAAAAUAUCCAUCAACUAAAUUAAACGAUAACUUCAUAUUUAAAUUAAUUAGACAACGGAAAUAAAAAUACCAUUAACUUCAAUUUACUUUAAAUAUAGGCAGAUUUCUAGCAAAUAUCUGAAGAUAUUAUCUCGAGAAUGUAUGGUUAAACUUUACUUAUGCUAAAGUAUAUUCAAAAUAAUAGCAUCAUUUUAUUGUAGUCUUUAUCAAAUUUCCUUUCUAAAACUAAUUUUUCUGAAUAGCAUUUACUCCUUUAUCCAUUUCAAUAAUUGGCAUCCGCAAUCAAUAAGACGAUAAAUUAGGUAUUGCAUCAAGCCUAAAAUGAAAUUGUAAGUAAUCUCUUAUUUGAAACUUAUAUAUGCAUUAUUUCAAAACAUAUGAUCGAUAGAAGAUAAUAAUAUAUUGAAUAGCUAAAUUCGUAAAGUAAGUUAAUCAUGUUGCAAAUUUCUUAAAUCAUCUAAGGGAAGUUACUAAAACAGUAGAUUUACUCAUAUUCCCAAUCAAAGGUUUACUUAUAUGAUCUUAAUGAAAUUUAAUAAUCCAUCGAAUGGCUAUUUGAUUAACAUAUUCUUAAGAAACAAAUUAAUAGAACUAUGGAUUCAAUUGAAGAAUUUUCAUUUUUUAUCACGCAAAUAAUAUCUUAGAUUAAGGCUCUAUUUGAGGAGGAAUUUUUUAAUGAAAAUAUUAAGUAUAAUAGAAUUGCUUCCUAAUUACAACUAUUUGAAAACUAUGUUAAAUAAGAAAUUCUAAAGAAGCCUUCAGAGCAACAGCUGAAAAUUCAAUGGUCAAACAAAAUAUUUAGACUCUUCCAUAAAAUCAAUAAUGAAUAUUUACCAACGUCAAGAUCAAUGACAAGAAGAAAAUAAACAACAGAACCAAAAUCUUUAGAUAAUCAAACUGCUUUAUAAAGCCCAGCCCAAUCUUCAUAAUAAUAAAAGCUCACAUUUUUUAAACAGAGUAUAUAUGUAAAAGGUAAUAGAACACAUAUUUAAUAAACUGAAAGAUUAACAUAAUCCACUGUAAAGUUUAAAGACUAAAAGGAAUUGGAAAAAAAAAUAAGUUGA